GUUUAGACUGAGGCGCUCAGUCAACCUGCUGUGCAAUCAGCGUCUGGAUGCGACAGACAAAUCGCUGACAGAGAAAGAAUCACAGCACUCACUAUCAAUCAGCAGCUUACAUCAGGACAGUGAUGGACUUUGAUUUGUCUCAAGCUCUUCCGAGCCCACUUGAAUCGGACGUGAGAGAAUUUGAUUCUGGCUGCUUUGACAUGAAGGAUGUUCAAGGGGAGAUCAUCACACUUGAAGAGGGACUGUCCCUGAAGAUUUCAAAGAAACACCACUCCAUGAAGGCUGUAGCUACACUUGUGCUGGCUGCAAACAGGAUGGAGAAGUUCCUGUCUCUGAAAGGAAAAAGUGACAGCGAGUGCUGCAGAAUGAUCAUGGACAGUGUGAUAGAGACAACAAUUGUCAAGAAGGUUGAGAUAAACUCCAGCGGAGAGAGGAGGCUGGUCUUCCAACGUCUCAGGAGUGUGGAGUGCAAUCUGACUGACAACGAAAAUAAAGAUAUCGUCUGCACAGCCCACGACUUCAAACUGACGGCCAUCACCCUGAAUGCAGCAAACUUCAAUCACAAAGUGACAUUUAAAAUUGGGACAUAUGGCUCUCCUGGUGUUGGUCAGACUGUUGUGAUGUCAAUCAUCAAUCACAACUUGUACAUUUCCUGCACAAAGAACGGUGACAAAGCUGAGCUGAAAUUGGAGAAAUGCAGUGCAGAGGAUUUAAAAGUCAUCUGCAAAGAUGGAACCCAGGACCGUUUCCUCUUCUACAGCAGGGAGUCAGAAAUAAAUGUUAAGACAUUUGAGUCUGUUCUGUGCCGCGGCUGGUUCAUCAGCACCUCCUAUGAGCAGGAGGAGAAGCCUCUGGAGAUGUGUAAAGUGGACUCUGCCUGCCGUGUCACCCUGUUCAACCUCACCAGUAGAGACACGUAUUGAGUUAGAGCUGUGUGCAGUUUGAAUGUAACCGAAAUUAUGCUUAGGGCCCUUUUUAAACAAACCUUUUCUAUCCCUGACCACUAGAUGGAGCAAUCGCCAGCCUUUUGAUUAUGUUCUAUGAGGCAGAGGUAGCUAAUUUAACCAGUAUUACCCACAAUUAUAUUUUUGUAUCACUGACAAACUACUGUCUAAACGUUUAUCUUCUUUUCUGGAGAACGUUGUAAUAGGAUAUUCCUCACAAUUAUUAAUAUGCAUUAUUCUGGUUCUACAAUAAAUGUGGAUUUUAAAGUAUUUAUUCCACCUUGUGCGUGUAUUUAAAAGGAUAUGAUAAAAUGUUUAUAUAAUUUAUGUUGUUUAGCAAACUAGUAGAGUGCAUUCCUCCGCCAAGGCCUAACCGACCCCUUAUGAAACU